CUACAGACAGGAUCAUCUGGAGAAUUUGGCUAUCCUUAAGGAAUUCCUCUUCAACCUGGACUUUGCACUAAAUGUCUCCUAUCACAGAGGCAAAUACAUUUGGCAAGCUGUUAUGCUUCACUGUUUAUUAUAUUCAAAGUAAAAAUGGCGCAACGUGAUUCAUUUCCUCUAGUAGACGAUCAACUCUUUGGUUGUUGGACAUUCUGAUUAACCACCAGACUUUCAGUGAGAAGAUUCCACUGUCUCUAAAGGAAGCCCAUUCCACAGAUGGAUUCCUCUAAUUUUUAAGAAGUAAUUCCUGACGGGCAGAAGUGGAGUGGGUCUGUCUGAAGAGGAGGGGUGUAGGAAGAAGAAACAUGUGUCCUGGUAUGGCUUUCCAGGGAGGCUGCCAUUUCCCCUUCCCCUGGACUCCCCAGGCUAUUGGUCUUUAUUCCAGUUGGCAGUGGCCCCAGGCCCUUCCAUCUUAGCAUUAGUGUUCUUCCAUUUUCCUGUCUUUUUCUGUCCUGCAUCUAUCUCUUCCUCCAUCUGUCUAUUCCCCGAGACUUCCUGUCUGUUUGUCUUUCUGAGGAAUUGGCUACCCCUCUGUCCCAGGUCUGUCCGAACACUCCUCCCUUGGCUCCCUUCCCAGCUGGGUCCCCUACACCAGGGAGCCCUGGGCCUGGCCUGCCCCGCUCCACUCACCCCCUCCUUCCUCCCUCCUCUAGCUCUGCCCUGCCCUCACGUGCUUUCCCAGACACACAGCCGCCCAGUGUGGGCUCUGGCCAAGCCUGUUCCUCUUCCCGAUUGCAACAGGCUCCAUGGGUAGCUCCCAGCUCUCCUUGUCCCCGCCCCAAGGCCCAGCUCCACUCCCACUUCCUGAGCUAAGCAACUAGAGCCUGGGAGGCCAGGCCCGCCGCUCCCUGCGGCCCCCUGGGGGCACCUCAAGCCCCCCUGCCUUCCCUUCCUUGGGGCUCUGAAACUUGCCUGCCUAGGAUUCCCCUCCAGGCCUUUGCAAGCCCUGACUUCCCGUGCCUCUCUGUGGACGCCAUGCGCCUGCCCCAAGCCUGUUCCCUCCAAGGCCUGCUCCGGGGCCCUCUCCUCCUGGGCCUCUUUGGACUUCUGGCUGGCCAGCAGCUCAGACAGGGGCCUCCGGACACAAAGUGUGCAGACCAGCAGUAUUAUGAACCCAGACACGAGGUCUGCUGUUCCCGCUGCCCGCCAGGUAUGCAUGUCCUUGAAUUCUGUAAUCGACACCGAAACACCACGUGUGCUCCGUGCCCUCCGAGGUCCUAUAAUGAAUUCUGGAACCACAUCAAUGUGUGCCAGUUGUGCCGCCCCUGUGAUAAAGUGCUCGGCUUUGAGGAGGUAGCUCCCUGCAACGCCAGCAGGAAAACACAAUGUCGAUGCCGCCAGGGCAUGUACUGCCCCAACGGGGGCACUGACUGCGAACACUGCGAGCCACUCAGCUCCUGUCCUCCAGGCACAGAGCCCGAACUUACAGAUAAGAUUGGAGAGUUUGACAACAACUGUGUUCCCUGUAGCGAUGGGUACUUCCAGAACAUCUCCUCUCCUGAUGUUCGGUGCCAACCUCAUACCAACUGUGAGGCACAGGGCCUGGUGACAUCUGUUCCUGGUACUGCCGUGUCUGAUGCCAGGUGUCAGAACUCGCCUCCAAAGAUGCCGGGGACAAUUUUGCUGCUAUCUGUCCUGGUCCCCAUGGCUUCCAUUCUACUCCUUAUCUCAGUCUUCUCCUGUGCCUGGAAGAGGCAUCCCUCUCUCUGCAGGAAGUUGGGGUUACUACUCAAGAGGAGACCAGAGAGAGAGGAUCCAAAUCCUCCCCCAAACCAGGAUAUCCCCAGAACAAAUCAGAAGUACCCUGAUUUGGUAGAACUGCUCCUAGAUUCCUCAGGAACAGCACCUGUGGCCCUGAAUGGACAUCCCCCUUCACCUGCCAUGGAAACAGAACCCCUUCGUCAACAAAGCCCCCCGGACCAAGGCAGAGAUCAGGGCACAGAGCCUGGGGAGCAGGGCCAGGAGGUGCACCAUGGUACCAAUGGUUUCCUUGUCUCAGGUGGCUCAGUCACUGUCAAAGGCAACAUCUAUAUCUAUAAUGGACCAGUCUUGGGAGGAGCACGGGGGCCUGGAGACCCUCCACUUUCUCCUGACCCCCCCUACCCUGUACCAGAAGAAGGAACCCCAAAUCUCCUGCGUUUCAGUGAACCCCACCAAGAGGAUGGCAAGGCCUGGCAUCUAGCUGAGACUGAAACCCUAGGAUGCUAUGCCCACUAGCUGGGGAUGAAGGAAUUCCAAUUUGUUGACUAUUCCUGAAAAUAUCUGAAGGAAAGAGAGAGGAACCAGAGCACCAUCUUACCUGAGGCAGUCUUACCCACACAGGAUUUCUAGGGGGUCUGAAUUAAAGCCUCCUGAGAAGGCAGAGUUACCACUGAGUUGAAUCACAGACACUGCUAAAGGUAAAGAAGUGCUGACUGUGGGUAUUGUGUGGGAUAUUUUACCAAAGAACUUCAGCACAUACUAGGGCAUCUAGUCCCUCAUCAGGGACUUGUCCAUACCGGGCAUGGACACUGCCAGGACAUCUAAUGCCAACUCCUGCCUGCCUCUUGGUUCCACCACACAUGCCACUACCACCACUACCUAGCACCGAAUGGAUACUGGCCUUGAGGCAUUCCCACCCCAUGACUACUGGGAUGAUGGGAACCUUUGAGCACACCCAUUCCAACCCCUAAGCCUCAGGGACUCAAUGGGUGGGGUAAGUGCCUCUUCCCGAACUAUGACAGAGCCAGCCCGGAGAUAAGGUCAUGUGGGAGAACUCUCCUGGAAGAAGAGAAAAAGGUGUCCCUUUAAAAUGGGGGUACGGGGUUGAGAUUUGGGGUAGGAUUUUGUAGGGGGGAAGGAAAUGAUAGUUAUAUUUAUAAAUUGCAAUAUAACCACUUGAAAUAAAAAAAAACAACUGAGAACCUGAAA